AUCCGCCCGUUGACAUGCCUAGACCCUUACCCGCUUGUAAUUAAAACCCUUCGAUCUUUUCAUUCUCUCGUCACAGUCAAGCAAACAAGAGUAUCUAAAAAAAACACAUCGCCGGCGAUUGAAAUCGGAUCUCGGAAGUGAUGGCCGAUCACGUUGAGGGGCAUGAGAAACAUGAAUCGGCCGCUGAAUCGCUGAUUGAUAAGAUAACUGAUAAGUUUCACGGCGACAAUUCAACGUCGUCGUCGUCAGAUUCGGAUGGCGAGAAAGACAUCAAGGAGACUGCCGCUGCGGUUAAGGCAAAGAUCUAUCGUCUCUUUGGCCGCGAAAAGCCCGUGCACAAGGUUCUAGGCGGUGGGAAACCUGCUGACAUUUUGCUAUGGAGGGACAAGAAGAUAUCUGCUGUGGUGCUUGGUGUUGCCACAACAAUUUGGGUGCUUUUUGAACUGCUUGAAUACCAUUUGCUCACAUUAGUAUGCCAUAUUCUAAUUCUGGCUCUUGGAGUUCUUUUCCUGUGGUCAAAUGCAUCCAUCUUCGUCAAUAAGUACACAUUCUAAGGAAUAC